AGUACGAAUUACGAGUCGAAUCACACUCACAACGCGCCGAGACAUUCCUACCUAAAUUUUCUUCGCAGUGCUCGGAACCAGAUAGAAGCUGCGGCAUGUCAUCACAGAAGAACACUUGACUCGCAGAUUAGUUAAUGCAUAUGGAGGUGGAAAGUGACUAUGAAGAGAAACGGCGACUCAGGGGCCCUCUGGCACCCCUGCGCCUGUUUCUUUCCUCUGGCAGAGCUGUCAGCAAGGCAGGAAAGUGGGGCCUGGAAAAGGUGAGGAGAAGAGGGAGGACGGGGCCUGUGAUGGGUUCGGUGACCGCAGAGCACUUCAACAGAGAAUCUGAACAGAAUUUACAAGACCGCUGGCAAUGGCCCCAAGGACUGUCAGGCCUGGGUCCUCUUAGCUUCCUGCAGCCGCGCAGAGGACCGGCUGCAGGAGCACAAGGGGAGCAGCAUGGGCGAGACUGCUUUCCAGCCGUGCUCUCGAACUCCAUGGACGGCGGUGCAGAGUCCACGUCAGGCAGGCAGGAGCUGGUGACUGUUGGCAGCAGGCAGUGGGGCCACCCCGCCAUCUCCUCGCUGCUGCGCGUCAAGAUCUACGACUUUGCCAUGUACAUGGACGGCAAACAGGCGAGGGAGUCGAGGGUGGCGGAGCAGUACAAGGGCAGGCAAAAAGCAGCGCCGCUAGAUUCCACAUUCUUCCAGCGGCUGCGCAGCAGCGAUGACGUGGACAUGGCGCUGAUGGUGCGCGCGUCGCGCAACCUGCCGAUUAAAUUAUUGGCGGGCGAGUACGAGCGGAUUUUGAGGAGGAGGCUCGCGGUCGUCGGGGGAUCCCCGGACGACGCCGCGCUUGCGCAGAUGGUCACCUGCUUCAGGGAGGAGUCGUUGCCGGAGAGCAUCAAGGCGGCCGGUUCGGUGCGCAAGGGCACGGUGCUCACUUUCACUCGCGACCACGCCGGAACGCUGUCGGCCCGCGCCGAUGAGCACGAACUUGUCACCGUGCAGAGCCGGCCGCUGUGCCAUGCGGUGUUUGAUUUGUACAUGGGGGAUCAGCCGGUCAGCCGCAAGGCCAAGCGCAUUGCAGGGGAGUCAUUCCAGCGACUAGUAGAGGGACAGGACGGAGAGUACCAGCCGCCGCGGCUGCAGCUAGUGUGUGACGACAGCCUAGGCGCCUGCGAGUUGUGAGAGCAUGGGAAGAUUAAUUCCUCUCAUUCUGGUUGCUGUACAAACCAAGUGAUAGCCUGCCUUCAAGACGUGCAGCAAGGGUGGGCCAGCAGUGAACCUAUCGUCAGUAGCACUGAGAUCUGUCGAGCAAUCAUACAAGCAACAAACCUGAUGACAUACAAAUGACUUGAGUUUGUGGACUUGGAGUUGGCAUGUUGCAGUGGUAGACGUAUGCGUUGCUCAAUAAAAAUUGAUCGAACAGCUCAGGAAGAAACGGUUCAGGAGGAGCUGGCUCCUUUCAAGAAUAGACAAGCCUGCAGCAGAUGCUGCACAUUUCGUUUUUGAAUUAGUUCUUCAUUUUUGGCAUGCGCCUGUGGUGGUGGCAGGCUAUCAUGAUAUCAUCGAUGUACAUGGGGCAAUUAAUCUUGCAAGGCAGCCAAGCUUUCAGGCUGUUUGAAGGCACAUAGAUCCUCUGGAGGGUCAUUUUUGAAUGUGUCGUGGUUUAUGGCGCAUGUCUGCAUUUGCUCUUCCUCGCAACAGCAUGAGGGAAAUUACAUCAAGGCUGGACGUAUUUAAGACUGACAGGAACGCAGUGAUUAUGUGGUACCAAAACUCCUGUAAAUUACCCACUAAUC